UACUAUAUUCCUAUAUCUUUGUCUCUGAAGCUUUUUCUUCACAUUCUUCUGUACUUGUCCUCUCUCUCUUUUAGUCUUCUUCUGUAUUAGGUCUUGUGAGUGAAGAAUUAUCAUGAAUGGCUAGAGAAGACAACUUGUGCUGUUACUUCCACCCAAAAGAGGUGGUUGUAGGUGUAUGUGCACUGUGUUUGAAUGAGAGGCUGCUCAUUUUGGCUGCAAAGCAAGGCCUCACCAGUACUACUUCUUCAACAAGAUCAGGAGGAACUCAUAGAGCUAGAAAUGUAAACAACAAUAACAACAGACAAUCCACCAUCAACCUUCCAAAGAUCUUUGCUUUUGGUUCUUUCCUUAGUCGAUUCGAGUUCCGGAACUGGAAAUCUGAUGUUUCUGAUCAUGAUGCCUCCACCAGUCCAGAAGACUCCUUUAUAUCAAUAAAGUUUGAAGACAAUGGGAAUGCAUCAUGGGAGAAGGGCACAGUUUCAAAGGUCUCACUUGAUCACUGCAGCAUCUCCUGGAGCCACCACAAUUUGACCAAGGAAGCUAAUAAUAAUAAUAAUAAUACUAAGGACACCAAUACUACUUCUACUACUACAACAACUACUAAUACUGCAAUGAUAGAGCAUGCCAAACCUCUUAGGUGGCGAAAGCGGAUUGGUCGAUUGUUCCAGCUCAUCAGAUGGAAGAGUAGAUCCAACGGCGGGAAUGUGUGCCACGUGGGCAGUAAGGUUGAAGGGGUCAAAAUGAGGAAGAGCUGGAUAAGAAGUCUGACAAAGAGAAAGACAUAAGAAGAAAUAAGAGAGAGAGAGAGGGAGAGAGAUCUGUUUAUUAUUCUUGAUUUAUUAUUAUUGAGAUGUUAUGAGUCAAAAUUGCUUUUCCUUUUUGGCUGAUUUUUCUACAUUAUUAUUAUUCAUUAUAAAACAGUACAGGCUGUAAAGAGAGAUUUCUACAUUACAAAUGUGUUCUGACUUGCUUGCUGGUU